AUGGGCGACUUCGACUCGGUUGUAGGACUGGUAAAAGUCAAAGAGGCCAGCGACAUUGAGGAGAAGCUGAACGAGGUGGAGCGGCUGCUGAAGAGUGCGAUCCACAUGCCGUGCAAAUAUUCCAGAUCCGAGGUCAUGCUAACCUUCUUCGAGCGCUCGCCUCUGGACCAGGUGCUGAGGAACGACAAAGUCCACCGGAUACAGCCCUGUUUCCAGAGCCCCAUCAACAUCUCAGAAAUCAUGAGGUCCAAUGGUUUCUGUUUGGCAAACACAGAAACCAUCGUGUUUGACCAGAGUCCAGAGGAGAAGGAGCGACCGUCAUCCACAGACUCCACAGAAAACACAUUCGAGGAUGGUCCAGACUUGUUGCCGUUGGAGACAGAGCUGUGUGAGGAUGAUCCCGAGGCCUACGUCACUAACCUCUCUUACUACCACCUGGUUCCCUUCGAGACGGACAUCCUGGAAUGA